AUGAAUCCGGUCAUCGGUACGGAUCAGACCAACAUUUGCUUCUGGAGGCGCGUCCUGACGGUGUACCACAGCUUCAAACCAGAAGUCAGUGCCGAGCGUGAUGAAGGCCAGAUCCAGAAGAAGUUCGGACAGAUCAGUAGAGCUGUGAAGAGGUUCAUUAGCAUUUACGAGAGACAACUCCAGAAUGCCGAAAGCGGCCGCAGCGAAACCGACGUACGGGCGUUAUCAUAUCAGUUGUUUAAUACUGAAGACUGGCCCAAGUUCACCUACUGGAAUGAAUAUAUGCUUAUCCGAGACUCCCCUCAAUUCAAGGCGAUCUGCGAUGAUGAGACUGGUUCUACUGGGAAGCAGAUAAAACUCCGUGCCAUGGCACCUACAGCAGUGGUAGCGACUCACGUGCAUUCGACCUGA